AUGGGUCUCGCCGACUUUUUCACUGACGUCGUCUCCUCCCUGGGCUUCACCGAGGCCCAGGCUGAGGCUCCCGCUGCCGACGUCGAGACCUCCACCCCCCAGGACGAGCCCGCCGAGAAGACCGAGGAGGCCUCCGAAGAGGCCGAGUCCGAGUCCGAGUCCGCUGAGGAGACCCCCGCCGAGGAGUCCUCUGAAGAGGCUCCCGAAGAGGAGGAGGCCGCCGAGGAGGAGGAAGAGGAAGAGGAAGAAGAGGAGGAAGAGGAGCCUGAGGACAUCAAGCCCAAGCUUGAGGAGGAUUGCGCCAACUCCGCUCAGUGCGCCCCCUACAAGCACCACUUCGACGAGUGUGUCGAGCGUGUCACCCGCCAGGAGGAGGAUGAGGACUUCAAGGGUCCCAAGGAGGACUGCGUUGAGGAGUUCUUCCACCUCACCCACUGCGCCACUGCCUGCGCCGCCCCCAAGCUCUGGAGGGAGCUCAAAUAA